CGCACAGCUGCGGAGGGUGCCCCGGAGCCGUCGCCCCGACACUUUGCGCCCGCAGUGUCCGCCGCGCCCCGGACGGGCAUGGGGCGGCCCGGCUGAGCGCCGCACCCGGCCGCCGAGACCCCCAGCCCAAGCCGCCGUCCCUCCCGCCGCGGCCCCAGCGUGCGCCCGCGAUGGCGAAGGCGACGGCCGGCGCCGCGGGGCUGCGGUUGCUGCUGCUGCUGCCGCUGCUCGGCGAAGCCCCGCUGGGACUCUACUUCUCAAGGGAUGCUUACUGGGAGAAGCUGUAUGUGGACCAGCCGGCUGGCACACCCCUGCUCUACGUCCACGCCCUGCGAGACGUCCCCGAGGAGGUGCCCAGCUUCCGCCUGGGCCAGCACCUCUACGGCGCCUACCGCACACGGCUGCACGACAAUGACUGGGUCCGCAUCCAGGAGGACACGGGGCUUCUCUACCUCAACCAGAGCCUGGACCAUAGCUCCUGGGAGAAGCUCAGCAUCCGCAAUGGCGGCUUCCCGCUGCUCACCGUCUACCUCCAGGUCUUCCUGUGGCCCACGUCCCUUCGCGAGGGCGAGUGCCAGUGGCCGGGCUGUGCCCGAGUGUACUUCUCCGUCAUCAACGCCUCGUUCCCAGCUUGUGGUGCCCUCAAACCUCGGGAGCUCUGCUUCCCCGAGACAGGCCUCUCCUUCCGCAUUCGGGAGAACCGGCCUCCGGGCACCUUCCACCAAUUCCGCCUGCUGCCCGUGCAGUUCCUCUGCCCCGACGUCAACGUGGCCUACAGGCUCCUGGGAGGUGAGAGUCUGCCCUUCCGCUGCGCUCCGGACAGCCUGGAGGUGAGCACGCGCUGGGCCCUGGACCGCGAGCAGCGGGAGAAGUAUGAGCUGGUGGCCGCGUGCACGGUGCGCGUGGGCGCGCGCGAGGAGGAGGUGAUGGUGCCCUUUCCCGUGACCGUGUACGACGAGGACGACUCUGCGCCCACCUUCCUCGGCGGCAUUGACACCGCCAGUGCCGUGGUGGAGUUCAAGCGGAAGGAGGGCACUGUUGUGGCCACACUGCGCGUCUUCGAUGCAGAUGUUGUGCCAGCAUCUGGGGAGCUCUUGAGACGGUACACAAGCACGCUGCUCUCCGGGGACGCCUGGGUCCUCCAGACCUUCCGCGUGGAGCACUCGCCCAACGAGACCUUGGCCCAGGCCAACGGCAGCUUUGUGCGGGCAACCAUGCAUGACUACAAGCUGGUUCUCAACCGGAGCCUCCCCAUCUCGGAGAGCCGGGCCGUGCAGCUGGCCGUGCUGGUCAACGACUCGGACUUCCAGGGCCCGGGGGAGGGCGUCCUCCUGCUCCACUUCAAUGUGUCUGUGCUGCCCAUCAGCCUGCGCCUGCCCGGCGCCUACUCCUUCACCGUGAGCAGGCGGGCCCGUCGCUUCGCCCAGAUUGGGAAAGUCUGUGUGGAAAACUGCCAGGAGUUCAGCGGCAUCCACGUGCAGUACAAGCUGCAGCUCUCCAGCGCCAACUGCAGUGCCCUGGGGAUGGUCACCUCGGCCGAGGACACCACGGGGACCCUGUUUGUGAACGACUCGGAGGCCCUGCGGCGGCCCGAGUGCACCCAACUCCAGUACACAGUGGUGGCCGUCGAACGGCCGAGCCGCCGGCAAGCCCAGGCCCCGCUGCUCGUCACCGCGGAGGGGACGUAUGUGGCUGAGGAGCCAGGCUGCCCCCUGUCCUGCGCGGUCAGUAAGAGGCGGCCCGAGUGUGAGGAAUGCGGCGGCCUGGGCUCUCUGACGGGCAGGUGCGAGUGGAGGCAGGGAGACAGCAAAGGGAUCACCAGGAACUUCUCCACCUGCUCGCCCAGCAUCAAGACCUGCCCCGAUGGCCACUGUGAUGCCGUAGAGAGCAGAGACGCCAACAUCUGCCCCCAGGACUGCCUCCGGGGUGGCAGCAUCGUCGGUGGGCACGAGCCCGGGGAGCGCCGGGGGAUUAAAGCCGGCUUCGGGACCUGCAGCUGUUUCCCCGAGGAGAAGAAGUGCUUCUGCGAGCCGGAAGACAGCCAGGAUGCGCUGUGUGAUGAGCUCUGCCGCACGGUGAUCGCCGCGGCCGUGCUCUUCUCCUUCAUCGUGUCUGUGCUGCUGUCCUCCUUCUGCAUCCACCGCUACCACAAGAACGCCCACAAGCCCCCCAUCGCCUCGGCUGAGAUGACCUUCCGCCGGCCCGCCCAGGCCUUCCCGGUCAGCUACUCAUCCGGCGCCCGCCGGCCCUCGCUGGACUCCAUGGAGAACCAGGUCUCCGUGGACGCCUUCAAGAUCCCGGAGGAUCCAAAGUGGGAAUUCCCUCGCAAGAACCUGGUUCUUGGAAAAACUCUGGGAGAAGGCGAAUUUGGAAAAGUGGUCAAGGCAACAGCCUUCCGGCUGAAAGGCAAAGCAGGGUACACGACUGUGGCCGUGAAGAUGCUGAAAGAGAACGCCUCCCCAAGCGAGCUGCGGGACCUGCUGUCAGAGUUCAACCUCCUGAAGCAGGUCAACCACCCGCAAGUCAUCAAGCUGUACGGGGCCUGCAGCCAGGACGGGCCGCUCCUGCUCAUCGUGGAGUAUGCCAAGUACGGCUCCCUGCGGGGCUUCCUCCGCGAGAGCCGCAAGGCAGGGCCUGGCUACGUGGGCAGCGGGGGCCGCCGCAACUCCAGCUACCUGGACAGCCCGGAGGGGCGGGCCCUGACGAUGGGCGACCUCAUCUCCUUCGCCUGGCAGAUCUCGCGAGGGAUGCAGUACCUGGCCGAGAUGAAGCUCGUCCAUCGGGACCUGGCGGCCAGAAACGUCCUGGUAGCUGAGGGGCGCAGGAUGAAGAUCUCAGACUUUGGUCUGUCCCGAGAUGUUUAUGAAGAGGAUUCCUACGUGAAGAGGAGCAAGGGUCGGAUCCCAGUCAAAUGGAUGGCCAUUGAGUCCCUCUUCGAUCACAUCUACACCACACAGAGUGAUGUGUGGUCCUUUGGCGUCCUGCUGUGGGAGAUUGUGACCCUGGGGGGCAACCCCUACCCUGGGAUUCCUCCAGAGCGCCUCUUCAACCUUCUGAAGACAGGCUACCGGAUGGAGAGGCCAGACAACUGCAGCGAGGAGAUGUACAGUCUGAUGCUGCAGUGCUGGAAGCAGGAACCGGACAAGAGGCCAGUGUUUGCCGACAUCAGCAAAGACCUGGAUAAGAUGAUGGUUAAGAGCAGAGACUACUUGGACCUGGCCGCGUCCACCCCAUCCGACUCCCUGCUGUACGACGAUGGCCUGUCGGAGGAGGAGACACCCCUGGUGGACUGCAUGUCAGACCCGAACUGGCCUGAAGAGAGUCCUGUACCACUCACGAGAGCCGAUGGCCCCAACACUGGGUGUCCGAGAUAUGCAAAUGAUAGUGUAUAUGCUAACUGGAUGGUUUCACCCUCAGCGGCACAAUUAAUGGACGCGUUUGAUAGUUAACAUUUCUUUGUGAAAGGUAAUGGACUCACAAGGGGAAGAAACAUGCCGAGAACAGAAAGUCUGCCGGCCCCACCUUGCGCAUUUCACACUGGCUGGUGAUUUUCCCUCCCAGCAGACGUAGCGCGCUGGACAAGCAUUCCGAGCCCAGCGUGUAGGUGUUCCUUCCUCUUCUGCCCUCGGCAGCACCCAGCACUGGUCUGGGUUCAGCAGUGAGCACCACACACUCCGUGCUCACACGUGUGGGUUCCUCACACACUAUCCGAACUGUUUGAUUUUUCCAGUUGCCACCACAUGAGGCCACACAACUUAAACAUGAAGCACACACACUAAAAAGGCAGCAGGGAAUAAAAACUGGCCCAGAUGACCUGUCCUUGUUUAGAACAAGAGCCCGGCCAGGCCUCUUAGGGCUGUCAAAGCCCAGACAGGGCUGGAGGGGGAGAUGGGACCUUGGGACAGGCCUCGGCUCAGGCUUUGAGAUCCUGAGAAUGUUUAUUUUAAAUCAUGUAACGUUUUCUUAGGCAGAUAUUUGAUUUUUAUCAUGAUUAAAAUGAUUCUUAGAUUUAGCACAAUGGAGAGAUGUGAUGCUAUGUAGGUAGGUGGUGUGGGGGGAGAGGGCUCCCAAGACACAUUUGUCCCCAUCGCUGAGUGGUCACUACCUCCUGAUGAGAAACGUAUGGAGGAGAGGGGCCUUUGAGGGGAGUGGCCUCCUGUCCAAGGAUGGCUGACCGCAGAGACUUGGCUGCUGUGAAUCCCCCACAGCCUUCAAUGUCCCACCCAUCCAGCGCCAAAAAGCGACAGGGGCUCAUCUCACACAUUAGAGUGGGACUUGUGCUCAGCUUCAGAGGGACAGUUCAGCUAGUUAGGUUAGAAGUAGCGUCGACAGUGACACCUGAUUACAAUUCUGAUGUGGAAAAGACAGUGUUUUGGCUCUUAUAGAGCUUGUGUGAAAAGGUCCAUGUAUCCACUCUUCCUGUGUUUGUAACGUAAUGCUGCUAUGGCAAGACAUUUUUGUUUUUCAGGUUCUGACCAUGACUCAUAAGCUUCUUGUCAUUCUUCACUGCUUGUUUGUGGUCACAGACACUCAGCACCCCUCCCAUCCUGCGGGGGUGGCUUUCGGGAAGUCCCAGCAGCUCUUCUUUCUAUCCUAGUGCUGUCACUUUGCAGGAGGGUUGGUUACCAAAACACUGCCUGGUCUUCAGACAUAAAGCACUGUGAAAGGACUUAACGUUGUCUCAUUAAAAUACUGGAUUUUAUAGCUAUUUCACAAAAGCAGUAAAAUUAUGGCAUUUUUGUGGCCAAGAAGGCUUGGAUGAGUAUGUGAAGGAGCCUUGUGUGUGUGUGUGUGUGUGUGUGUGUGUGUGUGUGUGUGUGUGUGUGUGUGUGUGUGUGUGUGUGUGUGUGUGUGCACGCACACCCAGGGAGAGUGCUGGAAAAACACUUACUGCAGAUGCAGCACAGCUUUAGUUUGGGCCAUUGUUCAAACACACUGUGAUAUGUUCUUUUACAAAUAUCUAGUUGUGGUAAACUUUUGGGUUUCAGAUGUGCUUAACGAUAGUCUUGUUUAAUGCAGAAGUUAGGGAUAAACUUUCUCAAGUGUUUAAGACUGCCUGCCUACUCAGUGUGAGUGGCGGCAGCAGGUGUGUCCUCGGCAGGGUGAGAACUCCAGGCCUCACUGGCUGACCCAGUGAUGGGGAAUUAACCCUUGACUCAUAAUCUAAUUGUCUACUCCUAAGUUAUAAAGGUACUCAUACUUACUAGUCCUAUCAGACAGAAUUUCCAUAUGCAUAUACACAGAAGUUACUAAGUAUUAAGUAUUACUGAGUGUUAUGUAGCAAUCUGUCCAUUAUUAAAAUUUGUUAAAUCUAUUUAUGAAAGGUUA